ACAGCGCAACAGAGAACUGCCGCCGCCACUCGACAGCAUUCGGUCUCCGGUGUGCGAGCACGUUCGGUCAAAAAUAAAACACUUAAUUAUGUCAACAAUUUAACAAAUAUAAACUUAUAUCGUAGUAUAUUGUUUAAAUAAGCUUAUUUAAUGUGUGUCCGUUCGCUUAUAUAGUUAUAUAGACGGUACAUAAUAGAAUAAUACAUUAUUAUUCAUUACGUACAAGAUCUUCGACGUCCCCCGCGCACUUCCGCCGCCACCGGAAUCGAUCGUAAAUCGGAAUUCCGGAUACGUAUUUCGAAAGUUCGGUUCAUUUUUUCGUCGUUUGUGUGCCGGCCGUUACCGAUUCGCUAGAAAUCUUAGUGCGCCUUCCGAACGACCGGAAUCAAAUAACGGAUAUGAAACAGACUGAACGGUAAUGGGGAAUGACCGACAUCAAAUCGACGGUCUGUGAUACUCGACCGCUGGUGGAGGUGGUGGAGGAGGGGGGCCUCCAAAUAGAACUACAAGACGUUUGCAAAAGUAUUAAGGUUAUUAAUAUGAGAGCCGCUACACCGUACCUAUGUGCCCUGUACGUGGCCACGGCUGGCCACCAAGGAAACCUACUCGGAUCUGAUGAACAGGAGAUCGUCCUGCUCAUUUACGUAGUUGUUGACAUGACAACCAACACCAUUGUAGGUAUUCAGCAGUAUUUAGUGAAGCCUACCGAAGUCGACCAAAACGAAAAUAUCUUAUCUGAUCAAGUCACAUCAGACAUAGGUAUUACUGAAAAAAUGGUCAAAACUUCCGGUAUUCCUCUACAGGAUGCUAUCGACAAGUUUGACACCUACGUUAAAUCACUGAAUAUCGAACCUCAAGCACCUAUGUUUCGAAUAGUAACAGAUGGGCAGCUUCCAAUCCGUCAGUGUUUGCAUCGGGAAUCAUCCAUUAAAGAUAUUGAACUACCCGAAUACUACAAUGUAUUUCACGACUUACGGAAAGAUUUCUCCAAAUUCUACAAUGCACCCCAAGACCAAACUUUUAACUCAAUUACAGAUCUGGUUAAUUAUCUAGAAAUAACUCAUGAAAUCGAUUCUCAGUUCUACGUAGCUGAGGUCAAGGAUAUGGUAAACAUUGUCCAAAGGCUCAUAGCUGAUGGCCAUACUUUCAAUUCACCGGAAAUCGUUCAACUAAAACUCGAACCGGGUAUUUGUUGGAAAAAUGAAGAAGUAGAUAACAAUUGUGUAGUCAGAGCUAGAGGUCUACCGUGGCAGUCAUCUGAUCAAGACAUAGCCAAGUUCUUUCGUGGUCUUAAUAUAGCCAAAGGUGGUGUAGCAUUGUGUUUAAGUGCGCAUGGUCGUCGUAACGGUGAAGCAGUUGUACGUUUUGUAAACCAAGAACACAGAGACAUGGCUAUGAAAAGACAUAAGCACCAUAUUGGUAGCCGUUAUAUUGAAGUAUAUAAAGCUAAUGGUGAAGACUUCAUAAACGUUGCUGGAGGUAAUAGUAGUGAAGCCCAAGCAUUUCUCACUAAAGGGGCCCAAGUAAUAGUGCGUAUGAGAGGCUUACCUUAUGAUUGUACAGCUAAAGAUGUUAUUACUUUCUUUGAAAAUGGUGAACAGACUUGUUCCGUAAUGGACGGAGAAGAUGGUGUUUUAUUUGUUAAAAAACCUGAUGGACGUGCAACAGGUGAUGCAUUUGUUUUAUUUGCUGAUGAAGAUGAUGCUCCUAAAGCACUCAGUAAGCACAGAGACCUAAUAGGUACAAGGUACAUUGAACUAUUUAGAAGCACAACAGCUGAAGUACAACAGGUUUUAAAUCGUGCAAUGGAUCCAUCUGUGCGAUCAACAGCUAGUGAUAGCAAUGGCAACAUUACUACUCCUGUAACAACAACAGCUGGUGUGAACAAUUCACCUACUGCACUUCUUGGGCAUGUGCCACUUCUGCCAUUACCUCAGCAUGUCAUCACUAGUGGCACAAGAAAAGACUGUAUACGCUUACGUGGACUUCCAUAUGAAGCAAAUGUAGAACAUAUACUUGAGUUCCUCGGAGAACAUUCCAAAAAUAUUGUAUUCCAAGGUGUACAUAUGGUUUAUAAUUCUGUGGGUCAUGCAUCUGGUGAAGCAUUCAUUCAAAUGAACAAUGAGGGUAGUGCUGCCCAGGCAGCUAUGGCUAAACACCACAAUUAUAUGUCUUUUGGCAAAAAACAACGGUACAUCGAAGUGUUCCAAUGUUCUGGUGAAGAUAUGCAUCUGGUGUUGACUGGCGGAGGUGCUGCGUCAGGAGCUUUAUCCCCAGUAGCUGCCAAAGCGCUAUUAUCACCACCUGGCGGACCGCUAAUGACUUCUCCGCCGUUCCCGCCGCCAACUUCGAACUACUCGCCAUUCUCUGGGCCACCGCCGCUGAUAGGCCACCAGCCGCCACCGUCGCUGGGCGCGCCUUACCCACCGCCUAUCCUUUACUGGCCAUACCCGUCGCCACCCAUAUCGCCUCCGCACCAACAGCCCGCUCUACUUAUCAUGCAGGGCACGCCACCGCCGAUGCCACCCCCGCCGCCCGUGGACAUGUGCAAUCUCAUACACUCUGUGUCCGAGUGGAACAUCGACUACAUGCAACAGAAUCCUCAAUUUUGCACAAUGAACGUAGGUCCGAUGGGUAUGCACUCGGCUGCGGCUUGACUCAUCGCGAAAUAACGGUCAGUGGCAAUCAACGUGUAAUCGACAUAACGCCGUUGACGCUGAUGACCAGACUACGUAUUCAUCAACUAAUUCCAAGUCAUAAUAAACGAAUAUUGUGCAAAGUACAAACGGCCGCGUACUUAACGUGUUUUUGAUAUAUAAAUAGUAAUGUUUGUAUUUAUUUAUUUAUAUAUAUAUAUAUAUAUAUUAUGUAGAGUGAGAGAUAUUUCUAUUAGAUUUAAGACUGUAUAAUAUAUUUAAGACAGAAAAAAAAAUAGUAUACAUAACUUAAUAGAUAGUUAAAAGAAUUCAACCUUAGAAAGCUCAGCCAACAAAUAUCAUAUAGUCGUCUUCCACCGUGUGUAUUAUAAAGACGAAAAAAAUAAUACUUAAUCCUCAUUUUUAUUAUUUGUCACGUAAGCAUAACAAUUCAAUAUACGUAAUAUAUAUUAUUACCAUGUAGAAGUUUGUAAGUCGAGUAUAAUUUUCUAAGUUUUAUGUGAAUUAUUAACGUUAGUUUUCAAUGUGAUUUUUAUUAUUUUUACCAAUUUAGUAUUCUUUUAACGAACUUUACUCGUAUGAUGAUUUUGUUUGUAUAAUAUAUUCAAUCUUUAAAUGACUCGAUAUAGGUACUUUCUGAUUUAUUUGCAAGUAUACGUGGUGAAUUUCUUAGUACAUUUUCGUGUUACAUUUCAAUGUACACUUGAGUACAUACAUAUUUCUAUUAUUUCUUGGAUUUUUAGUUUUUCGAAUGGAGAAAUUCAUAUUAUUUCUUAUUUCAUAUUUUGAAAUGUAAUUUUUUAUAAAAAUAUUUGAACACAAAAUUCAAAAUACAGGUUUGAAAUUUAAAGUAUAUUAAAAUUCACUUGAAUUUAUAAUUGUAUUUUUUUUUACAAACAUGUGAAAUUAUGGUACCUAUUUUAAAUUACAUUAAUUUACCGUGAUAAAUCGUGUCUAUGAGUAUUUUAAGUUUAAAAAAAAUCACUUUGUAUAAUCAAUGUAUAUAAUAAAAAUAAUUAAGUACUACACGUAACAAUUUAAUAAUAACUAGGUAGUGUGUGCGCGUUAUUAUUAUAGAUGGCGUCAAUUUCAUUAUAUAAUUUGAUGCACAUUCCAAUUCAAUUUUCGCACAUUUAUUACAGUUAGAUUAUUGAAUAAAUACAUUAUUAUUAUAGUAAUGCAAUAUAGAAGAGAUCGAAGUAUUCGGUUUAGUAGGUCAUAAACAAAAUAUUUUGUACGGUAUACUUCAUCGCGUUUUCUUUAUUAUAUAACAAUCAACGGUUUUUGAAAAUAUUUUUUUUUUUGACUUUAUGCCCUCGCAUUGUUAUUAGUCAUGUCCUAUAAAACGACCAAAUUUGUUUGUUAGUAUUAUUAUUAUAUACAUAUAUAUUUAUGUAUAUAUUUUUUUUGUAGGAAUUAGUGAGAUUAAUUUAUUAUUCGUUUCAUUAACUGUGCUUUUGAAUGAGUUUAAGUGUAUAAAAUAAAAAUACAAAUUUUAACAUUAUAGUGAUAACGGGUGCUAAGCCACCAAAGUUAUUAUAUAUCUAGGUACCUAUAAUAUGUUAGUUUAUGAAUCUUAUUUUUGUUUAAAAUUUUAACAUUCGGUUGUACGAUCUCUAGUAUUCUUUAUGCUCGACAAAACAUAAUGAAAACAAUAUUUAUAUAGUAUUGUAUAUUUAUUUUUUAAACAUUUUUAAUGUUUUGUGCAAUUUUAAUUUAUUUUGUUUAUUCCAAGUAGAUCUCAAAAAAGUAGAUGUUUUGACAAUUUUUUUAAUUAAAUUAAUCUCGAAUGUUUAUUUUAUACUUAUUGGUUCUCUUCCGGAUGAAUGAAUUUUCAACACGAUUAUACAUCCUCCUCGGCCAAAAAACGGCCUUCCGUUUGAAUAAAUUAAUAAUUAUGAUUGCAUUCUAGGAAUUUCAUAUUUUUGUAUGUUUAGGAGCAUUUAUUAAAAUACAUUAUUGUAAUACUUUUAUCGUUCCCCUCUCACUGUCACAACUGCACAAUAUUAUAGGUAUUAUAUAACAUAAAAUAAUUAUGUACAUCGACAAUGUUCCAAUAUAUGAUAUGUAUACGGUUUUUGUUUUUUAUAUUAAUUUUUAUUAUUAUUAUUAUUACUAUUGUUAUUAUAUUACUAAUAAAAAAUAUGAUUUUAUGAGAGGUGGCAUUUUUUGCCCCAGUCAUUUUAAAUAAGCUAAGCAGUUUAAUUCAAUGUUAAGCGUCAGCUAGUACAGCGUAUAAGCUUUUACAUAAUAUUAUAUACCUACAUAUAUAUUAUAUUAUGUACUAUUUAUUACAUUAUAUAUAUAUAUUUUGACUAUUAAAAUCAGCACUUAACUAUUAACUAAAGAUUUGCGGAAUCGUUCACCACCGUAUAUUUUAAUUGACCAAAAUAUGAAUAAUAAUAUAACGAUUCUACCUACAUGAACGCAAUUCAUAAUAAAUUACUCAAAAAAAAAAAAGAUGGACUAUAUACGUAUAUUAUAUACCCUACAAAACGCAUACCUACUUUAUAAUUUAACCUCGAUCAUAUUAUAAUUAUAUUAUCAUACCUACAGUCUAUACCGCCGUUAUUGAAUUUCCAACUGUUUUAUUUGUAACAUUUAUGAAGAUUUUGUGUAAGAUGUAUACAGUGUGAAACUCUGAAUAUUUUGUGACACCUAAAUUAAUAUUAUAUAUUAUUUAUAUAUUUAUUGUAAAUGUUAAAAAAAUAAUUAGUUUCACUUACGGGACAGACAUCUGAUUGAUGAACACAGCGUCAAUUAUCGAAUAUUAAUUAAAAUUCUGAUGACUUAUUGUUUUUUAUUUUAUUUUUGGCUUUUAUGAAUGCAUUUUUCAUCGGGAGAAAUGUACAAUUUUUUCAUUGUACAGUAUUCCGUAUAAUUUAAUAAAUAAAUUUGUCAGUUGAAUAAUACGAUAUAUCAAGUGUACCACAUAAUAAUAUAUAUUCUCUUAUAAAUAUUAUACGAGUACCAUAUAAAAAAUCGAUGUUAUCAUUAUAAUCGUUAUUAUAAUAUUAUCACUACCCUUAGCUCAUACUUAGUAUGUAGCUACUUAUAGUACAUGAUCUAUAAGUUAUUACCUACCUAUUAUAUUGUUCGACGUCUCUCUGACUUAGUAAUUACAAUAUUAUACGCAUCAAUAUAUAGAUGGUACUCAGGUAAUUACAAAUGUUAUUAUAAUUUAAUUCUACUUUUAUUUUCCAAUUCAUUAAGUUAGAUAAUAUAUAUGUGAUUAAGAAUAAAUAGACCAAAAUAUAUGAUGCUAUUUAUGUUGUUGUAGUGCAAUUAAUAAUUAUUAUUUAAAAAUCGUUGAAUAUAAUAUAUAUACCCGUGUUGUUAAUUAAUUAUACAUAUUAGUAUUUUUACGUUAUAGUGUUUAAAAAUUAAUUUAUAAAUAAAUUAAAUGUUUGUGUGUGUGUGUGUGCAUGCAUGUGAAAAAAAUGUUUAAUUAUUUUGUAACCUAGAAAAUGUGUUUCACUUCACAUAUUUUAAAGUCUACUUAUUAUCUGGUAUAGUAUGUAGUUUUUUAUGGUUGACCUAAAUCAACCACAUUGUAUUUAAGUCGUUUCAAGUCCCUUUUAGUCAAUUAUUACAUUAUUAUAAUUAUUAUUAUAUACAUGAAAAGUAAGUGUACGUACAUGUUUUUUAGGUAAUUAUUAUAUUAUCAUUAUUAUUAAUACCUACCUAAUUGUACACUUAAUUGCUGUCUAGUACCAGUACCUGUAUGACAUUAUUAAUAUUACAUUUUUGUUUUAAUUUAAAUAAAAUAUUAUGAUUAUAGACCUUUUGAAAAAAACA